AAAAGAUUUAAGCAGGUCUCGAUAUAGACUAAGCCCAGCUAUCAAAAACUUGUCCAGGUCUUCAAAACCUACCGCUUCCCAGGAAACGAAGGGCCGCGCGUUAACAGUAGCUCCAAGACCACUCAGUUCAUCUGGCAAUUCUAAUGCGUCUAAACUGCCUAGCAAUGGAGCAAAAAUCAAGGCUGCGAAUUUAGGUGACCCGGUAGGCGAUCAUAAGCAAACGCCUCGCGACAGCCGACGAGAUCCGUACGAAGUGGUCUCUGAUAAUGAAGCCAAUGAUCGCCAGAGAAGUAAUUUUACGCCUGCUCCUCCAUAUAACCGAAUUUCGUCUUCAGCAGAUGUAAGAACAACCAACAUAGCUGCUUCGAUGAAUCCCAAGCGCACGCAACCAUCAACACCGGCACGCCCUGCUGUUAAACCGUCUAUAUUCAUGGGCUCUUCCCAGGGUACCCGUAUCUCUAGAGGUCCUCAGCGCUCUCGCCCACACACUCCAGCCACAGUCCCCCUAAAUAAGCAAAUCAUCCUACUUGACUCGUCAAGCAACGAGGAUACGAGUUCCCAUAUCACACGAAAAUGCUAUUCCGAAUCUAAGCGCAGGUCAGGUGUUGGAUCAUCGACGCCAGCACACGUCCUCGCGAACUCGGCAGAGGGUUCAGUCGGUCGUUCCCAGGGAAGAAUGAUCCCGCCUCUCGAAAAGUCCUCACAACCUCACCCUGUUUCCUGUCAACGCAGCCCAGCCAAAAUCCCUGCCGGUGCUGAGAUUAUAACGAUAACCAGUUCAUCGUCUGAAUCAGAUGCAGAGCAAUUAGGUGGCAAGGUAUCAACAUCUGUACACUCGCCCUCCAAAACCAUUGAACAACGUUCUCGGCAUCCUGUUAACAGUCACCUAAGUAUCAUCGACAAGAAAGCUCAAGGUACAAUCUCUCUACCGAUCGAUUCAGCACUACCCAACAAGAAAACAAACCGAGAUAGUAUUGCGCUUCAAGGAGCUCAUGCCUCUGUUGAUAGACAUAAGCAGUGUUCAUUCUCCACUGAGAUCAAGGAACACCACAACAAAUCCCCUACCAGUCCAAAUAGCAAUUCGCUACCCCCGCUUGAUGAAAGUACUCCUGCUAAUGAAGAGCAUCCAAUUCCCCAGCAACACACUGAAAUAAAACAGCCGCAGAAAAUCGAUCAGGGGGCAUCUCCCUAUAAGUUUCAGAACACCAAUAACAAUUCCAAUGGCCUAGUAGGAAACGACGAAUCGGCCGACGCUGCAGCUCAGCAAAGGACCACCUCAUCGAGACAACGAACCUCACGGGGUAAACACAGGGUCCAGAGACGGUCUUCCCUUAACAAUAUCGAAAUGAAAUCAGUUCGGAAUACUCUUACACAAUAUAAGACCUCUAAUGAGCUUCAAGGCUCCGAGCGAGACCAAGGCCAAAGUAAAUCUAAGGGAUCUAAGGACGUAAUCAAUCACCGUGCAAAUUUAGGGGAUUCCGGCACAUCCACGACAGCUAUCAAAGACGUGAAGAAGACUACAAAAGUCAGGUUCGAGAAGAAAGGUUCGCUAUUACCUAUAAUAAUAAUAAUAAUCAGCACAACUUCGCUAAUUGUAUUUGUAGAGAAAGACGACAUUAUAUCCGAGUCAUUAUCCGAAGAACCCAACUACUCGGACGAUGAGUAUCAACUAGUCUCGAAUAAUGAAGAGCAAUCGGGCGAAGACUCAGAUGAUGAGCUAUCUCUCCCUAGACGAGCUCGGGUCACGAAUUCAUCGAAAGGUAUCGAUAAUAUGUCAUCGUCGUUAAGUCCCGGUCGGAAACUGCGUAGUAGAUCCUAUCCCAAGCCGACAACAUCAUUUACCCCGAUCAACAAGCCAGCCCCCGGGACCCAAGAGCGGAAAUCGACCACUACGUCGCCUACGAUAUCCAAGCUUGGUAGAUGUCAUUCGAAGCGCGUACGCAUCAUCACUGAUACAACCGAUUCUGAUUCAAAUGAAUCUCGAGAGGGCAAGGGUAAUAAAAAGAACGACAAGCCAACUGAAUUCGAGAGAAAGUCGUGGUGGGAUCCACAGGCGUGGAUAGAAAGAUAUGAAACCGGGUUUAUGAUCGAUUUUAAUGUUGCUGACAGACUCUGGCUCGGUAUAGGUCCAUUCAAGGGGUGGAUAUCUGAUGGUCCUGGAAAGGGGACUUAUAUGCCUGGCUACGAACCACCAGACGACGCGACAAUUGCCGAAGCAGAGAAAACGGCUGUGCUCAGAUAUCAUCUACGCACCUACGAUUCAGACUCAGAAGAUCAUGAACAAUGGGAAAGGGAUUACUUCCCGGAUAAAAAGAAGCCACGCGAAGACGAAGGCAGUUCCACACAGCUCGCUUCAGGCAUGAACCAGGACACGAGGGUGACAGGCAGCCCAGAACGCUCAACCACUGACUCGCGAGAAGAGGAACGACAAUCUAUAGCCCCGUUGGCAGAUCCAGAUCAAGUAGCACUAUUAAACCGGAAGACGCUGAGCGAGGCUCAGGCAAUAGAACGAGCAGAACGUGCAGAGAGAACAGAGCAGUAUGUGCUUACCGGAAACCCUAGCGGACGUAUCAAUUCCCAAGACACUGAUUCCCAUGGCCCAAUAAGUAGUAGAACCGGAGGGAAACUUCCUGCCCGCCGCGUACCAACGACGAAACCUGACGACAGUACAUCACCACCAUCUGCAGCAUCCGAAACAACUUCUACCCUAAUUACGCGACAGUUAAUAGCCGACUGUACUUCGCUUUCGAGCCCAAUGAAUCGACAAACCAAAGCUUCAUCCUCGGCUCGGCAUGUUAAUGAGCAAUGCAAUUCCGACGAUGACCGUUCAAGCAUAAUUAGCAGUAGCGAACCGAGUUCUGGUAUUCCGGCUCGACUGUCCUGUGAGACGUCAUCACUACCACCGGCGCCAGGAAGGGGUCAGAGCAUGUCUGUCGGGUUAGAGCAUCCCAGUGCCAAGCCAAUCAACACAAAAGCCAAACCUGAAUGGUUCAUCCCACCCAAUACCUCGACCAAGACUAACAUAGAAGUUGUGCUACCAUUUAUGCCGGUAGAGGAGCGCGCAGAAUACGAUGUAGUUUCUCGAAUUGAUGACGAUAAAUCUACUCCGCUGCCGCCCACGUCUUUCAAGGAAAUCAACGAAGCCACUCCAAACUUGAGUCUAGAAUCAGACGGGUCAGGGGAAGAGACGCUCAAUUACGUACUGCGCCAGUCGCCUACAUGGCUACACAACAUCACGGAGGUGGUUGAGCCCAGAGACGCAACAACGGACAUGACGAAACCGCCAUCCAAGUCACUAGUUAAAUCAUCUUCGAAGAAGCCAUCUGUGGACCUAAAAAGUCCACGAAGUCCACGAGAACCGCGAAGACGCCUCUUUAAAGCUAUAGCAGCGGAUAAUAGCCAAGCUGGCCAACAUUCUUCGUCUAGGGCCGAGAGAAAGGAAAAGAGGAAAGCUUCCCCUACAAGUUUCUCCCCGGCCGGCGAACCACCCGCCAGCAAGAGGCAGAAGGCAGACAACUGUCCAAGCUCUAAAAAAGAAACUAGACCUAGCCAGAGACGUCGCCGCCGAAUGCGAAAACAGAAAGAGAAGCAAAUGUAGGAAAAUGGCAGCCAGGAUACGGAUAUGCGAACGCCAACGUAGCUAAUCGGACAAUGAUUACGGUUCGACUACCUCUUCGAGACCUGAUUUGACGAUGUCGACCAACUUAUAUAGCAAGGGAUUGUUGAGACUAGCAACUAAGAUUUUAUACAUACCUAGUUGAUGUUCACGGAAUGAAGAACUAAUAAACCAUGCAAGUUCGACACUUUCGUUUUAGACGAAUUCGGUCUCUUAGGGCACUCGCUAUUGGAGAGUGCAGGCGUGGAUAUUGAAUGGGUUGGUUACGUGUCGGUAGAAGAAAGUAGGAUAAUAGUAAGAGGGCGACGAAAGAAUAUGGCUGGCCACCUAGGUACCCAAUCUACCUAUAUAGGUAGGUAAUAUGGUCUAGCCAACAAAUGUCAUGCCUUGUAUAUAAUACGUAAGUCCCGUUCGGGCGGGAAGCAUAUACAAACAUACCUCACUAGGUUAAUAUUGUCUUAUCGUAGAUCUGUAACGCCGGUACGGUGGAAUGCGG